UGGGCUAAGGUUGGUGGCACCGCAGCGCAUACACAAUGGCUGCUGGAAAGAGAGGAAAGCAAACAAUUUUCAGGCCCGCAGCGACCAGAAAAAAUAUGAGAAAAAAAUUAUUAAAAAUUCGGAAAAUUGUUUAAAGUGAAGAAAAACAUCGGAGAAAGGAUGUUAAGGCUUCUGUGGUCCUUGAAAAUGGAUAAUAAUUCUUUAUGGUCUUCGACAAGAAUAUUUAGAACUGGAUGAGGUUUUGAAGAAAGAGCCUUGGACUUCCACCAGGUGUGGAAAUGGCACUUACUCCAAACUUUGUCGACCACAUGAAAUUAGGGAAUCUACUCCAAGCUCCAAAAUUUAGAGAAACUGGGCAUUACAGAAGUGUCCAGCAAGCAGGCCUGCCAUAGGCUGCAAUGGCCACGGUGAUAACCGAAGAUUUAGAAGAACUUAAAGAUACAGGGAAAAUCCCAACAGCUGUGGGGAAACGAAAGAGAGGUGAAAGUAGACCAAGGAAAAAUUUUCCGUGCCAGCUGUGUGAUAAAGCCUUUAACAGUGUUGAGAAAUUAAAGUUGCAUUCAUAUUCUCACACAGGAGAAAGGCCUUAUCAGUGCUCUCAACAAGACUGCACUAAGGCCUUUGUUUCUAAAUACAAACUGCUAAGGCAUAUGGCUACUCAUUCUCCUGAGAAAACCCACAAGUGUAAUUAUUGUGAGAAAAUGUUUCAUCGUAAGGAUCACCUAAAGAAUCACUUACAUACUCAUGAUCCAAAUAAAGAGGCUUUCAAGUGUGAAGAAUGUGGCAAGAACUACAACACCAAGCUUGGUUUUAAGCGUCAUUUAGCCUUACAUGCUGCAACCAGUGGUGACCUCACCUGUAAGGUCUGUCUUCAAACGUUUGAAAGCACGGGGGUGUUACUGGAGCAUCUGAAGACACAUGCUGGUAAGUCUUCAGGUGGGACCAAAGAAAAGAAGCAUCAGUGUGAACACUGUGAUCGCCGCUUUUAUACCCGUAAGGAUGUUCGCAGGCACAUGGUAGUACACACCGGGAGAAAAGACUUUCUUUGCCAGUAUUGUGCACAGAGAUUUGGUCGAAAGGACCAUUUAACUCGCCACAUGAAGAAAAGCCACACACAAGAACUUCUAAAAGUCAAAACGGAACCCAUGGACCUUUUGGACCCCUUCUCCUGUAACAUCUCUGUUCCAAUUAAAGAUGAAUUGCAUUCAGUAAUAUCUUCCAGUGAACUUGCCCCCAAGCCGUAUGCCAAUACUUUGCAACUUAACAUCUACAAUACCCAAAUCCAGUCCAUGCAGGCUGCUGGAUCCACAAACCAAAUGGUCAGCACAACCUUGCCUUUAGGAAUGUCUUGCCCACUUGAUAUGGAAUCAGCCAUCCAUCCUUCCCAUCAGUUCUCUUUAAAGUAUCAACUUGGUUCUACCUCAUAUGCCAUUUCUAUGCCUGAUAAAGAACAGCCAUUAAAGGGAGAAAUAGAAAGUUAUUUAAUGGAAUUACAAAGCAACAUGGCAUCUUCAUCACAAGAAACUCAAGGCCCUGCUUCUAAGUUAGACUUGGAUGCCCAAGUUGGGGCUUUGGAUGACGUGACUGGAGAUGUUUCGUUAACAAAAAGCUCUGCUUCUGCCAGUGAACCUCUUAGCUCCUCCUCACUAGAUUUUUCUCAGCUGUUUAACUUCCUGCCUUUAAAUGGGCCUCAGUACAAUCCACCUGUUUCAGUGGGAGGUUUGGGAAUUAGCUAUACACAGGAGGAGGUCCUUUCUUGCCUGUCACAGCUCCCACCACAGGCCCAGGAUCUACAAGAUCCUAGCAGCUCUGUGGGCAUGAAUCCACUUCAUAGUCUGCCUUCUUCUUUUACAACCAAUCUAAGCACAGCUACUACGCUGCCUCGCUUUCACCAAGCCUUUCAGUAGUCUAUGAAACCAUUAUCUCAUAGCAACUUAAGGUUUUAUCUUAUGAACUAUAUCAGUGUAUGUUAUAGGGGAAGAAAUUAAUUUGAUAGUUAAACUGAAAUUGUUUUAAACAAAUAGUUUGUUAUGAAUGAUUGUUUUUAAUAUAAUUUGUAACACUCAAGAGAAGGCCAAUUCUUAUAACCAUGAUUUAUUUACAAAGGAUUUUACACACAUACUGAAGUAGUGGAAUGUUUUUAGAUUCAUCUAAAAUGCAUCCUUGUAUAGCACCCUUCUUGGAAGGCAAGCCCAGAACACACACAUUUAUAGUAUAAAGGUAAAACAGAAAACUCAAUGCAAUGUAAGUAAAUUAGUGCUGUCUGAAAAAAAUGCCCAGUUACAAUAUGGUUAAACAUAUUGUUUAUGUUUACUCUUUCAAUGCUGGUUAAUAUGUUAAUAUUACAACAGGCUUUUUGGUCCUAUAUAAUAUUGGCUUACUUUGAUAGUAUUCUUAGCCCAUACAUUCUUUUGUUGUUAUAUAUGCUAAAGAUACUAUUGUCUUCAGGGUUUUUGCCUGUCAUCUUUGUAGUAUGUUGAUUUUUUUUUUUUUAGGUGGGGGGGGUCCAUGUUAAGUUUGUUUCCUCUGGUAAAUACUGUAACAAUAUAUAUAAUUCUUUCAGUUACAGUAUAAUAGUUGUGCAAUUUCCACCUGCUAUAGUCAGCAAUUUGCUGCGCUAAAUGCAAGAUUAUGAAACUACUCAAGUGGAGUUCUUUCCUGCACUUACAAAUUUGCUCAUGCCAAGAGAAAUCAAAAUUUAAGAGCUUUCUUUGUGGUAAUUCUCUGAAUUUUCAAAGCUCUUCUUGCAUAUUUGUUAAAUAUAAUGGUACUUGAAUCAAAGUGUGAUAAAGAUAUUCAGCUUUGUCAGUGGAACCCCUCCCUGCACCUGCCUUUCUAUGAUAGAAAAAAAUGCAAUUCAGAGUUUAUUGGACUCACUUUUGUUAGUUUUAGUUUUUGCUAAAUUUGCAAAUGUUUCAUGUUAGAAUAAUUGUUUGGCUUCAUCCUUAUCCCACCCUCUUCCUGACUCUGUCUGCUGUUAUGUAGUUAUUGGUGUAAAAAUAGUGCCAGAACUCCAAGGAGAGAAAUGAGAAAAUGCUUGUCAUACACUUCAUUGUAGAAGCUUACUUUGCAGACAUUUAAGUACUUUUACUAUUUAGUUUUAACAACAUAUAAUUUUUUUUUUUUGGAUUUACCCAGGCUAAACUGUAGCAAUAUUCAUCCAGUUUUGUAAAUAAUUUAAAAAUUGAGCUCUAAAAAAUUCAAAUUUAAACACAAACAACUUGCAUAUUUGGAUCUGGUUGCCUAUCUGGUAGGAAGCAAUGCCAGAACACUGUCCAUUUUCCAGUAAGAUUUAUUUAGGAAACACUAAAAGAUUAUGAAUUGAACUUUGCUAUUUUCAUGAAAUAUUUUUGUUAGUUUCUCUCCCCACUGCCCACACGCACUUUUUUUUGUAAUGGCUUUCAGUGUAUGAGCACAACUACAUAAGCAAAGCUAACUUCUUUGUUCUUCUGUUUUUUGUUUUUUUUUUAAAAAAAAGCUAAAGGGGAGAGAUGUCUCCAUUUACUUUUUUCCUUAAUAUAACCUGCAGUCAUUAUUGUUUAAUCGUUGUCUUCUUGGUCCGAUAGCUUUACUUAUGUGUAUGUGGAUAUACCAACGUAAGGUUAAAAUCAACAAUGCAUUUUAUGAAAAGUCCAUAAAUAUCCAGUUUAGACAGGUCAGAACAAAUAUUUAAAUGUUAUCUCUGAAGAUCUUUUUUUUUUUUUAUUACAUUUAGUAUCAUACAUUGUGCCUGUGUUAAUUAUAGCCUUACUAUUUAGUGUUGGUGAGUUAUCAUUCAAAGCAACAAUUACUUCAAACACUGAAUGAUCAGAAAGUAAUUUCUGUAUUGAAUGCUUGAAACUUGAAGUCUGGUAAUUAGAAGGUUUCAGUAGUUGAGGUUAUGUUUUUUAAAAUAGAAGCAAAUAUUUGAGGGCAGAUAAUAAUUAGAAGUAAUUGGCUUAGUACCUUAUUAAUAUCUGAAGCAUUUCAUUUACCAUUUGAACUAGUGAAGUAACUUUAAAUAUUUGAAUCUAACAAACAUUUUGUGGCAUUUCAUUGUCAUUUAACAACAUAAAAAACAUGACAUUAAAAUAAGACUUUCUGACAAAUUCGAGGAGACCAUUCAGCCAUUAAGCUCAUUUGGUUACCAUCAGUGUUGGAAUAAAAGCACUCUUUACCAAUUUAUAGACUGUAUUUAAAAGCUAAAGUAGUUUUACAUUAGUAUAAUUUAGACAUGGAAACAUGAUAACACUUAAUGUCUGUAUUGUGAAUUAUGCAUUUGCAGGUUUUGAAGACAUUUGGCUUACAAGUAGAAGUCAUAAAUAAUGCUGUAUAAAUGAUUCUUCAGUGGCGCUUUUACACCAUAUACUUUUUUUGGACUGGGGUUUCUUCUGUUCCCUUCUUACUUCAAAUUUUUAAAUGAAUGCUUACUAAUUUUAGAAUUUCUAGAACAUGUUUCAUUUCAUAGGCUUUUACUUUAUGACUAAAUGAAGUUAAUGGCAGCUUUUGGAUAGUUUCACUAGAGCACUUAAUCAAGGUAUAUCCCUGCAAGCAAUGGAUUUUAAGUUACAGCAUUAAAUAAUAUGACAGCAGUUAGCAAAAUGACCAGUUUGUAAAUAAAGCUGGAUUUAUUAUAUUUAAAAAUGAAGAGCAGUAUAAGGUGAUACAGAUAUGGGGCUGUUAGUGGGCAUAUUUAUGUAUGUAUGCAUUUUUUUUAACAUAUUUUAUGUGAUUAUAUAGAGAUAGCUUUGUAUUCAAUACUAAAGCAGGCAGUUUAUUUUUACUCUCAAUUGUCUAUUUGUAAAAUAGAGAGUAUAAUGUUCUCUGCCUUCAUUGAACACAGUUCUCUUACCUCAUUAGAGUAAAUUUUAGUAGGGGUAUUUAAAUUUAAAAUAGAGAAAGUUAAAUAACUAACAGCAGCACAAUUGGGCAUAUUCCUGAAAAGUAGACAACCGUAAUCUUCAGGAUAUGAAACCACAUAUCACUUCUAAAUGCAAUUUUAAAAAUGUUUUUAGUACUCAGAUUUUGUUUUGUGCUUUUGGUUUAUGCACAUUUCUUUUUUGUUUAUCUCACUGCGUCACAAACCAUUUCUGCAUUAUGACUGCACUUCUCCGACUUCUCUGUUGCCUACCAAGAAGGAGGGUGUUUUGUAGCACUUUUAUACUUUGCAAAAUAUGUGAUUCUUUUUGUAAAUUUAGCAUAAAACCAAACACAUAAAUUAUCAGAUUUAAACCAAUUGCUAUAGGCUGCUGUUGCUGCUAAGGAGUUAAAAAUAAAAAUAAUAGUUUUGGGGUGUAAGCUAAUUGUUUUUUGUAUAGAAAAAAGGAAAUCACAUUUUUGAAUGCCAGUCUUAAUAUUUACAGUAGUAUUUCUUGUUAGCUGGUCUUGCUCUUGGCAUGUUCCUUUUAAUUCAAGUGAUUAUUUUCCUUCAUAAUAUUAAGCUUAAAUUUAACACUAAGUAUUUAUGUUUAAAUGUUAAAUAUUUAAUUUGUUUAGAGUAAGGAGAAUGGGGAAUGGCAGGUGGAAAUUUGUAAUUAGAAUUUUUAUGUUGUGUAAAGCAAUGAUGGGUUUUAAUAAAUUAAGAGUCCUAUCCUAUCCCUAAAAUUACACACAGAAAUUCUAGCUAACACUAAUCAGAGCUAUAAUAUCAGUACCUAGUGUGUCUUGUCAAUCAUAAGUGACACCUUGACUAUCCUGUGCUGUAUUUUGUUUCUUAUAUUACUUAAUAGCCAGCAUUGUAGUCUGCUCACUAACCAGCUCCUCGUGACAAAGGUUAAUAUAGCAUACAUUUGAUUUGCAGCAUCUUUUUAGUGACGUUUCCCACUUUCUCUACAGUUUGUCAAUAUCUUACACUAGACUUGAGCUAAACGGAUAAGGUUCUCAAAAAUAACUGCCAUAAAAAAGGUCCUCAAACACAGCUUUGAGCCUCAUUUGUUUUAAAAUAAGGGAGUUGAUCUUAGCUUUUCACACUUUAAUUUCUUACAAAGUGGUGUUCACCCCUCUCCCCCUUUGUCUUCUGCUUUAUGUUUCAAAAACAAAGUCAUGCUUGCUUAUCCUUCAUAGUUUUGUAAUUUGAAAUUGUAAUGGGGUGAUUUGAAAUGUCUAAUUAUAUUCAUCUUUGGGAUAUAUUUUUAUAAUGAUAUUUAGGUUAACCUUGAGCCACAGCUAUAUAAAGGAAAGGUAUUGUUGAAUGUUGGUUUUAAUAUAUAAAGCUGUAAGCUAUUGUUUUAAAGUGGUUUUUAAUAUGUCCAUGAAUGUUUUUUUUCCUCUCUUUCUCUCCAGCGAAUGUUUUGUUUUUUUUGUUUUUUUUUCCUUUAAUGCUUGGUCAAUGUCCAUAUAUGGUGUAUGUAAGAUAGCACUUUCUAAAAUCAGAAGACUGAGAGUAAACACUCUUAAUAUGUUUUCUUUUUUCUAAGAAAAAAAUUAUAAACUCGUCAUGUGCCAUUAGUUUUCUUAUAUUUAGUCUGUUAGAAUGUUAAUCUUUGUAUAUAAAAUGUUAUUAAGUGUAAUUGUCUUUUACAGGUACACUUUUUUUAACAGUGUUUAUACUAUCAAAGUGUCAUUUUGCUUUAUUGCACAGAACCUCUGUGUCUCUCACUUGGAUUAUCUAAUUCUGUGACAUAUAUAGACCUCAUUAUAAUCCCUUAUGAGAAAAGCAUUUUUCCAUUUUAGAUUCAGCCUGAGGCAUUUGCUUAAACAAUUACUGAAAACAAGUCACUGUAAACUUCAUUUAUGCAGAUCAGUUCUAAAGAUGUUGACAAGUUGUACUCCCAUGAAUUAAUGAGCUACAGAUCAGCAUUGGCUGAGAGAUUGAUUUCAGUCAUAGUUUGAACACAUCUAUGUGCGGUAUAUGUAAGUGGAAAUGGUUGCUUUAGGAAAUUGAUGGCAUCUUCAACUGAGUAUUCUCAGUAGUAAAAUGUUACUUAUGGGUGUUAAAUCGAAUAUGUAAGUGGAUAUCAUGCUUAGCAGUAAUUGGUUAUUUUUUUCAUUGGUUCCAUCAUUUUUGAUGAAAACAUGUUCUUCUGUAAUUUGUGUUCUUUCAGAUUCCUUUUAUUGUAUGUUAGGGUACUGCCUUACAAAGAUGACCAGUGUUUCAAAACCUAUUUUGAACAUGAUACAAAACUAACAUUUUGUGAAAUGUGCACAAAAUUAAAUACCUUAAUGAGUCUUGAUUCAAGUAACAUCUGUAGAGUUAUAAAAAGUUGCAUAUUUUGUUCUUAUGUCUGCCCUGCAGACAUAAGUGUGCACAGCCUUUUGUAGUAAAAAUGUAGCUUUAACUCAUUUGCUUUGAUUGAGUAACACAAGACAGCUAAUAAUAGACACUAUCAAUUGUGAUAUUGUGAUAACGGCUCAGAAAAGAUGAAUGUUGAUAGGGAAGAGGUUUUACAACAUUUUUCUUUUUUUUUUGUCUAUAAUAUAUCGCAUAAUAAGCACUGAAGUCGCAUCCUUUAUAUAUUCCUGUGUAUUAUAUAAUUUACAUGCAGAGCGCCUUAAGGCAUUUAAACACAAUAACCCCUUAUACUGUUCAUAUGCUUCAAUAUCUUGUUCAGAGUAUCAGAUUAAUAAUGGUAUAAAACAUCCAUUUAAAAAAUUAAUGUUCCAACUUUAUAUUGGUGGGGAGAGGGGAUAACACUUGUUUUUUAAAUUACACUUACUGCUAAAUUGCAGAAGUAUGCCUUCUGUAUGGAUGGAUCUGUCAUUAAGCCCCUGCCUCCAGUGAGAGACACAGACUUUUUAGCAAAUCACGUAAACUUCAGUAUAAGCUUCGGUGGUACAAAUGAACCAUGUUGAAUGUUUAUCUUAUAAACACUCCUGCAAUAU